AUGAGCCACCAAAGCCACGCCAACGGCGCCGACAACGCCGCUUCCGGCUCGGCAAGCUCCUACCACUCAAACGCUACAGACGACGCCAGUCAGCUCCAACACGCAACCGCCAACUUGAGUCUGGCAGGCCCUUCGUCGGCGUCGCCGGCGCUCCCUCACGACAGCUCGGCAGCAAUGUCUCGUUCUCGCUCCCGUGAUGACACGGUGGCCGCCCCCAUCUCGGACGAUGCCGCGCACGCCAGAUCGCUUCGGCCAUCCACUUCAUUCGCAGACGUGCCAGCUGGCGAGGGCAGCAGCAGCAGCACCAGCUCUCGCAGCCGUGCCGAUAUGGAUCGCAUCAAGAGUCGAGCCGUCGAUCCAGGCUGGAGCUGGGAGAAGGAGCGCGAAAAGCACGAGGCCACCACAGCCUCCAUACGCUCCAACAGCAUCGAGUCCAGACCCAGCCUCCCCUCCCGCGGCUCCUCGCGUCCAGCACCCCGCAUCGACACCUCGGCCAACUCGUACGCCCCAGACGCCACAGACGCCACAUGGCCCAACCGUCCUGGCAUCGCUUCCAACGUCGCAUCCCCGCAGAACCUCCACGCGCCACCCAACCCCAUCACCACCCCUGCCUCGGCCCCUGCCGUGUCCGAUCGCGCACCACCGCCCAUCGCCGCUGCCUCGCCGCAGGAUCCUCCCACCUCGGCGUCGGCGGCGCCACAGUCCCUGGUUCAGAAGCAGUCCCAACCUUCUUCCUCCUCCUCCUCGGCGGCCACCUCGUCUCGACGCCGCGACCAGACCUGCCAGGCGUGCCGCAAGGUCAUGACCGGACAAUUCGUGCGCGCACUCGGCAGCGUCUACCACCUCGACUGCUUCCGCUGCAACGACUGCAACAAGGUCGUCGCCGCCAAGUUCUUCCCCGCCACCGACGACAUGGUCGACUCCUCCGGCACCGGCCGCCUCUUCCCGCUCUGCGAGACCGACUACUUCCGUCGCCUCGACCUCAUCUGCGCAAAGUGCAGCGGCGCCCUUCGCGGCAGCUACAUCACCGCCCUCGGCAGAAAGUUCCACGUCGAACACUUCACCUGCUCCGUCUGCCCCACCGUCUUUGGCCCGCAGGACAGCUACUACGAGCACGACGGCCACGUCUUUUGCCACUUUCACUACAGCACCCGCUUCGCCAUCAAGUGCACCGGCUGCAAGACCGCCAUCCUCAAGCAGUUUGUCGAGAUCAACCGCAACAACACCGACGAGCACUGGCAUCCCGAAUGCUACAUGAUCCACAAGUUUUGGAACAUCAAGCUCUGCCCCACCGGUUCCACGCCCAAGGACAGCGCCGCAGCGUUGACAGCAGCACCAGGCGCCGACGAAGUGGCGGACAAUCCAGCGGGCAGCCAGGAAGGCCAGGGCGAAGCCGUCGAGUCGUCGCCAGGCCAGGCCGCACCCUCGCGUUCCGAGCCCUCGCCCGACGCUACCGAGAUCGAGGCGGCCGAGACGCCCUCGAGCCUCAAGCACAAGCAGAAGCAGAUGGAGGAGCGCGUCUACCGCAUCUGGACCGUCCUCUCCGCUUUCGAAGAGAGCUCCGCUGCGUGCAUCUCCGAGAUGCUCCGCCACGUCAGCAGCGGUCGCUACCUCGGCGGCGUCCGCAUGGCCGAAAAGUUCAUCCUCCACGUCGAGAUCCUCUUUUCGGCCAUCGACGACCUCGAGGCCAACUUCCGCAAGGAGGAAGCCAAGGGCAUCUCGCACAUUCGCGAGGCAAGGAUGCUCUGCAAGAAGAUCGUCAACUUCUUCUCGCUGCUCUCGCACACUCAGGAGACGGGCGCACGCCGCAUGGGCAUCACUCAGGAGCUCCUCUCGCUCGUCACCGGCUUGGCGCACUAUCUCAAGAUCCUCAUCCGCAUCGCGCUCACCGGCGCGCUCAAGCUCGACCGCGAGUACGACAACGAGGAGGCGCUCAACUGGUUCCUCAGCCAGCUCGCCUUCUCCGCCAAGCUCGGCAGCAUCACCGCCGACGACAAGCAGGGCACCCAGCCGCCCAACACCAACACCGUCGGGCCCGACGGACGCUGGUACGGCUACCGCUCGCUGCCCCGAUCCACCAGCUCGGGCUCGAGCGAGAAUGGCGAAGCCGCCACCGAUCUGUGUGUGGCGUGCGGAUCUACGGUCGAGGAGGAAUGCCUGCGCAUGGGUGUCAAUCUGCGAUGGCACUCCAACUGCCUCCAAUGCUCCACCUGCCAGCGACCAGCGUUGCGCGAGGGACCCUCGACGCGCAAGCAGCCGGAUCCUGCGGCUGGAACACCCGACGCCUUGCCCGCCUCGCAGUUCGGUCUCGAGUCCAAACGUCGCACCGAGGGCAGCGGCCAGAACGGUGCGCGCGCCGUGUCUGCCUCGGGCCCGUGGCAGCACGCGUGCUUCUGCCCCAACUGCGCCGGCGGUCUCAGUUUACGCACGGGCUUCGAAUCGGUCACGCGGCUGGAGCAGUAUGCGUUCCUGCUGCGUGUGGCGCUCAACCGCCUGUUUGCGCUGCUGCGCAAGCGUGGCGUCGUGCCGCCUUCUCCGCCCGUAUCGGCAUCGCGCAUGAUUGGCGACGCGGAUCCAUCGGCGUCCAAUGCAUCCGCGGCCGCCGAUGCCGAGGAGGUAUCGAUGCACGAGGCGUACCGCGACUCGCAGGACAUCAAGCGCAUGAAGUCGGUCAACCUCAACCGCAAGCAGUCCACCAAAGCCAAGGUGCCUCGCAUCUCGACCGUCGUCGGCAGUCCGUCCGGCCGCCAGACGCAGACUUCGGAUGUGCAACGACCCUCGCCCUCCGACUCGGGUCUGCAGACGGACAGCAGACACUCGCCCCGCCAGGCCAGCCCGUCGUCGUCGCCGCGCGAGUCCGGAUCACCUUUCCAGCGCGACGGUGGCUCGUCGCGAGAGCCGUCGCCGUCGAGCCGGACGCGCAGACCGCAGCAACAGCAGCAACAGCCCGGUGCCUACCCGCAGCAAUCGGCGUCGCAGCAAGUGUUCCAGCCCGUACAGCAGCAUCUUCCGUUUGCACUGCCCGGUGGGCCAGGCAUGGCACCKCAGCAGCAGCAGCAACAGCCGCAGCUCGGCGUGGGGGCGUCAGCCAGGUCAGGCUCGCCUUCCAACUUGGAGCCUGGAUCGAUCGUGCCCAUUCGGCCUGCCUUUGCACGUCACAACACCGACGUCAAGAUCCGCGAGGAUGGUCCCAUGCGCCAGCCGUCGGGCGACGAACUGCAGCGCGACACGCGCAGCGAGGACGGCAUCACGCUCGCCGACAUCCCGCACAUCCUCGAGGCCGAGCAGGCGCGCGAGCAGCACCGUCCGCUGCCGAGCGAGGGCACGCGCUGCAUCUCGGAGCUUUCGGCGCUGGAGCUGUUCAUCGUCAAGCACAUGGCGGUGAUGUAUCUGCAGCAGUCGGCGCUGCGCGACCACGUGAAUCUGGACGACCUUAUCGAGUUUAUCGAGACGCGCAAAAACACGUUCUGGGGCAAGAUCUUCAAGGGCGGCAAGGAAAAGAAGGAGAUCAAGAAGAAGGGCGUGUUUGGCAUCCCGCUCGAGAUCCUGGUGGAGCGCAACGGCGCCGACUCGACGCUGGGAGCGAGUGCGGCGCAUCUGCGCGUGCCGUCGUUCAUCGACGACGUGAUCUCGGCGAUGAAGCAGAUGGAUCUGUCCGUCGAGGGCAUCUUCCGCAAGAACGGCAACAUCCGGCGGCUCAAGGAGCUGUCCGAGGCGCUGGACCGCGACAGCUCGUCGGUGAAUCUGCUGGACGACAAUCCGGUGCAGCUGGCGGCGCUGCUCAAGAAGUUCCUGCGCGAGCUGCCGGAUCCGCUCAUGACGUUCAAGCUGCACAAGCUGUUUGUCAUGUCGCAGAAGCUCGAGUCGGAGGCGGAGCGCCGACGCAUCCUGCACAUGGUGACCAUCCUGCUGCCCAAGGGCCACCGCGACACGCUCGAGGUGCUGUUUGCGUUCCUCAAGUGGGUGGCGUCGUUCUCGCACAUUGACGAGGAGACGGGCAGCAAGAUGGACCUGCCGAAUUUGGCGACGGUGAUCUGCCCCAAUAUUCUGUACAGCAAGGGGAGCGAUCCGACCAAGGACGAGACGUUCCUGGCGAAUCGCGCAGUGUCGUAUCUGCUGGAGCACCAGGACGAGAUCUGGAAGGUGCCCGAGGAGCUCGAGGCGGUGCUGCAGGACAAGGAUCUGAUGAACGCCUCGGCGGACCUGACGUCGCGCGACAUUCUCAAGAAGUGCGAAAAGUACGCGCGCAUGCGCCAGAUGCGCGGCGGCGGCGGUGUCGGCGGCGGCGUGGGCAUGGGUCGCAAUGGAAGCGGCGGAGCGUACGGCGCGGGCCCGUUGCACUCGGGCGAGCUGCAGAACCGCCAUCGUCCAGACGUGCAUCCGCCGACGACGAUGCGCCAGGUGCAGCAGCGCGAGCACCUGCAUCACCAGCAGCAGCAGCUCCAGCAGCAGCAGCAGCAAGGCGUGGCGCAGCACCGCCAGUACUCGAGCAGCAAUGGGGCGAGCACGCCGAUGCGGAGCGAGUUUUCGCGCAGCCCGGACAGCGCAGGGCCGUGGUCGGCGGGAGCGGUGCCGCCGCAGCAUCACCACUUUGGGCAUAGCCCUACGGAGCGGCUUCCGCAGCAGGCGCUCGGGGCGCACGGCACGCCGCAGAAGCCGCACUACGCCGCGCCGAAUGGCGGGCCGGGCUAUGCGGCGCAGGGCGUGCACAUGAUGGCGCGCAAUCCGGGGUCGGGCCCCGGCUCGGGAUAUGCAACGCCGUCGCAGCAGCAUCCGGCGCAGAUGUAUCCGCCACAGCAACAGCAGCAGCAGGCGCACUCGCAGGACUAUGCGUACGAGCGCAUGUACCGCAACGGCAACCCGGCGCUCGAGCAGAAGUCGACGUAG